UCAGGGUAUCCUUCAGGCAACCUGCCUCACCCAGCAGCAGUAUUUCCCUUUCUGAAAGGGGGUGCAGCUUCUGUCUUUGAAGAAGCUGUGGAUGUUUGAUGAGCCUGACAAAGGACACUGCUUGUCAUGGAAUGAAUAAAAUGGAUGAGGCAGCUGAUGACUUAAAACAGGCACUUCCAAAUGUUUGUGAUUCUGUGCAGAUCCAUGUAGAAGUUCAUCAGAAAUCAAACAGUACCUCAAAGAAAGAAGAUGUCCAGCUGAAUGUCUUAAAGCUACUAAACAGACAUAACGUCGUUUUUGGUGAUUACACAUGGACAGAGUUUGAUGAUGGUUUUCUGAACAACAAUGUGCAAUCUGUGUCAAUUGUGGACACAGAGCUAAAACUGAAAGAAAGACAGCCCAUUGAUUUGAGCAAAUGCAAUCUCUCAAUUCAUAUUUUUCAUCUGAAUGACGAAGGGCCAAGCACUGAAAAUCUAGAAGAAGAGAAUGAGGAUAUUGUUGCAGCCAACCACUGGGUUCUACCUGCAGUUGAAUUCCAUGGUCUUUGGGAGAGCCUUGUGUAUGACACUGAAGUGAAAUCACAUCUACUUGAUUACGUGAUGACAGCUUUACUGUUUUCUGACAAAAAUGUUGACAGCAACCUGAUAUCCUGGAACAGAGUUGUCUUGCUGCAUGGUCCUCCAGGAACUGGCAAAACUUCGCUCUGCAAAGCAUUGGCUCAGAAGCUGACCGUUAGACUUUCAUACAGGUACAGGUAUGGACAGUUAAUUGAGAUAAACAGUCAUAGCCUCUUCUCUAAGUGGUUUUCUGAGAGUGGCAAACUUGUAACCAAGAUGUUCCAGAAGAUUCAAGAGUUAAUUGAUGAUAAGGAUGCUCUUGUAUUUGUACUGAUUGAUGAGGUUGAAAGUCUCACAGCAGCCCGUAGCGCUUUCCGGGCAGGCACAGAGCCUUCAGAUGCUAUCCGUGUGGUGAAUGCUGUGUUAACACAAAUAGAUCAGAUUAAAAGGUAUCCCAAUGUUGUAAUCUUGACUACUUCAAAUAUUACAGAGAAAAUUGACAUGGCCUUUGUAGACAGGGCAGAUAUAAAACAAUAUAUUGGACCUCCAUCUGCUGCAGCAGUAUUCAGAAUAUAUGCUUCUUGCUUGGAAGAACUGAUGAAGCGUCAGAUAAUAUAUCCUCGACAGCAGCUGCUGACACUCCGAGAGCUAGAGAUGAUUGGAUACGUAGAAAAUAACGUGUCAAGACUGAGUCUUGUAUUAAAAGAAAUUGCAAGGAAAAGUGAAGGACUUAGUGGUCGUGUUCUGAGGAAACUUCCUUUUCUAGCACAUGCACUUUAUAUUCAAGGUCCUAAUGUUACGAUGGCAGUGUUUCUUCAGGCUCUUUCGCUUGUAGUAGACAAACAAUUUGAAGAAAGAAAGAAACUUGCAGACUGCUUUUGACAUUUGUUACUGCUCCACAACUGUCUAGUCUCUCGUUACCAUUGAAAACCACAUUCUUUUUUGGUCCUGUAUAAAGAUUGAAUUGGGACUAAAACUCAGGUGAUCUAGCAUUUUUUUUUUAAAUGAGUUGUAAAAAUUAAGAAUGUUUACAGUGCACCUAUUUGAAAGCUUUAUUUCAAACUCUCAAGUCAUGGAUACACUUUAGAAUUGUUUAAUUUCUGUUUGACCUUAUUUUUAAUUUUUUUUGUAAUUAUUAAAAAUAUUUAUCAAAAUUCUGUUUUGUUUCUUAACACAAAAACUUUACAUAUCUGUAUUGAGCAUUUGUUCUUUUCAGUUUUUAUUCGUUAUUAAAAACAAAACAUAAAUUGUCAGGUGUCUAGUACUGAUACGUAAUAAGCAGUACUUUUUUUUUUUUUUUUUUUUUUUGCAUUCUUCUUACAAAAUGAACAGAAAACAAAUACAGGUAAGAUUUUUUUAAAGCACUCAGUGGCAACCUAACUGCUUUCAUUGAAACAGAGCAGACAUACCACACUUCUGAAAAUCCUACUCUGUUCACCAUAUCUGAUCUUAAAUGUUAAGUCUCCGUAUUUUUAUCUUUAAUAUUAGCCUUUAUUGGUGCAAGGAAGUAUACUUUAUUUGUUGAAGAUCACCUUAUGUAGAACUUAUGCAGAGAAUUGUAUAUAAACAUGUAAAACAGUGGUUUUUAUGUACCUAAAAACAUUUUGCUGUGCAAAAGCUAAGAAAAACAUUGACUCCUUUUAGAAAGCAAAGAGAAAAAAAAUCUCUUCAGCUCUUUCGAUGUUUGUCAACACUAAUUGACAUCAGCUGAAUUUUUAAUUUUUUAAUUUUUUUUGCAACUUUCACAGAACAGAUAGGACAAUUAAUACUUAAAUAGGAAAUUGUGGUCAACUUCAAAAAUUGGCACAGGGGAGCAAGGGCAGCUGUAAUACCUGGAAACUAUUUUUAACUUUUUAAAUUGACGACUAGAUUUUAAGUUGAUAUUACCACUUUAACAUACUUCAUAUUUACUGUUACCACAAUAUGGUUUGUUAAUGACUGUGUUAUUCAUUUAUGUUUGUAUAUGUUUAAUCAAUGUUAUACAUUUGUCAUGAGAUGGAAGUUAUUUCAUUGUCAUGAGUUGUUCAUAAUGAUGAACACUGUAAACUCUGCAUUAAACAAUUGUACAGAACUUUUUAAUUCUGGCUAUAUUAGAAUUCAUAGUUGACUCUUUAGUUAUGGCAAUGUUUAUAAAAGGAGUCUCUCUCAA